AUGCCAAGACCCCGCACCCUCGUGGUCAUCCUCUCUUUCAUCACUUUAGCCUCCCUCUUCUACUGCUGCUGCUGCUGCUACUGCUAUGCAGACCACUACACCAAUCAUGCAGGCCAUACAUCAUCAACCCAGCCUCCCGCAGCCUCCCUUAACCCUGCAAACUCCACUCUCGGUUUCAGCACUAUCCUCGCCCUAUCACCACACCACUCCCCACGCCGGUCAAGUCUGCUCUGGGCCGCCAACCUAACAGACCUCGACAUAGUGAUCCCCGACCUACCAGACUGGAGCGUGGGAGACAUACAAGCAUUCAAGGUCAAGAAUGGACAAAGCACGAUCAGCGUCGGCAGUGCAAAAGCAUGGCUAGGACAUUUGCAAAUUCUGAAGAGCUUCCUAGCCUCUAAUCACGAAACAGCACUUAUAAUCGAAGACGACACGGACUUUGACAUUCAAAUACGGCAUGCCCAGAUUCCGCGGUUGGCCGAGGCUCUGCAUUGUCUGCUCGGUGGUAAGGGAAAUGACUACUGGCCUCCCCCUUCGACAUGGGACCUCCUUUACCCCGGCCACUGCGAUGACGCUCCUUCAACUGCCUACCUCGCUCAUCCAUACACUACAUAUACAGAUCCCAGCGUACCUUCUCACCAGCAAAUGCACCCCGAUACUUCCAGCUUCCUACUCUCGCUCAACCUACCCGAUCAAACUCGUAUCCUUCAUCGAGCGUUCUGGCCUCUUUGCACUUUCGCGUAUGCGGUGAAUAGGCGCUCGGCAGCGCUCAUCUUAGACACAUUUGCCGCGGAGCCAGAAGGCGGAGGAAGCGCAUUUGAUGUUGCUCUACUCUCUGCUUGUAGGGACCGCGAGUGGACGUGCUGGAGUGUGGCGCCAGAGGUGUUUCAUCACCGGCAGGGGGUCUCGGAGAUUGGGCGGGAGGAUGAGGUGCAUGUGGGGGUUCAGGGUCAUCUUUGGGUGGAUGAGGGUGAAGGGGUUAUGGGGAGCAGAAUCAAGGCGCUCGUGACGAGAGCAAUUGAUCAGGGAGAGUGUCCAAUUGAUGCUCUUAGAGAGGAAGAGACCUGGAAAAGCUGUGAGUGGGGAGAAUGUUUUGCACAGUCUUGA